CUCAGAAAUUAAACUGGGUUAGAAUAGGGAUUGACACUGUUUCUAGUCGCAGCUUCUAGGUGUAGUUUGGUACAAUGAUUAGAUUGAGUGUAAGUAGUAUCCUGUUCCUACUGGCCACCGUCAAUUGUGAUGUGGUCCUAGAGGAAAGAGGAUACCUUCAACUACCAAACCGAGAAAACAACCUGGUGUUCGACAGUGGAACAGCUAAAGAAAGCGCCAUUGACACCACAAGACGGAUCUUGUAUGUUAUUGGGGAACAAACUGCAAUGAUGCAUGUGAUAGAUUUAAGUAACGUGGACACCUUGAAUACUAUUUUAACCUAUAACUUUAACCUGGCUACUGAAGGCAAACCUCUAGAUGUAGAAUAUUGUUCCUCCGCCCUGGGGUCGUAUGUUGCUGUAUCGUUUGAAAGUACCCAGCAUCCACAGGCUGAAGGGCAUAUCAUCCUUUACAGACCCGUCACUGUUGGACAACCUUCACUCGCUCCGAUCAACCCUGCUGAUCCUUCAAUCACAGUCGGACCCCAUCCAGAUAACAUCAAAUUCACGUCGGAUUGUUCCAAACUGGUUGUGUCCAAUGAGGGCAUACCCGGAACAGUGGAGAAUAACUUUGUGGAUCCCCCAGGAUCUGUUGACGUCGUGGUGAUUACGUCACCAACUUCCAGCACCGUGGAAAGAGCUUCCUUCAGCUUCGUAGACGACACGGACAAGACACUAGAGUUGUUGAAUGCUGGAGUAAGAUGGAUGGUGAGAGCUAACUUUGAUACCAACGAAAUCAAUCCCUUCUCUAAUAAUAUAGAACCAGAAUAUAUCGCCAUCUCACCUAAUGAUGCUUACGCUUACGUUACACUUCAGGAAAAUAACGCCAUUGCCCAGAUCAGCUUGGAAUCUUACACCGUUGCCAAUAUUUACCCACUCGGUUCCAAGGAAUGGAAAUACAGUACACUAGAUGCUAGCGACAUGGAUUCAGGAAAGUACCUGAAGAAACACGACAUCUCCAGUUUUUACCAACCAGAUAAAAUCGCUUUCUUUGAAUGGAAGGAGAAAUUGUAUUUAAUUACUGCUGAUGAAGGCAAACAGUUCAAUAUUCCUGUUUACUUUUACACUGAUUCUAUGUUAGCCAGGAACCUACAUGCAAACGGCGAUUUCCUCGUAGAUCCUGCCUUAGCCGCUGAACUUGCCAACGAUACAGAAUUAGGUCGUUAUUUUGUGAGUCAGUUUCACGAUGGUCGAGUGUCUGGCAAGAUCCGAACAGUUUAUGGAUUUGGUGGUCGAGGUUUCUCUGUGUUGAACCCCAGUACGAUGACCAGGGAAUGGGAGAGUGGAGAUGAGAUUGAGAAGUUUAAUAGAUUAUUUUAUCCAGACGUCUUCAAUGGAGAUUGUACCGAUGAAAAUUUAACUCCCUUCCAAGAAAAAGAUAAAUUAUCCACCUCAACGGGUCCGUCAUUAAAUGCUAUCAUUGAUGGUGAAUUUAACGGUAGAAAACUGAUCGUGGUAGCCAGUGGAACCAAUGGGUUAAUCUAUUUGUAUGAGCUGUCAAGCACCGUAGCAAAUGCUGAACUGAUGUUCCAGAGCGUACAUCGUCGUGGUGGUACCAUCGAUACCUGGGGUAGGCUUUACUCCUCGGGUAAUAUAGGAGAUGCUGGUAUUGAAGAUAUGUCGUGGAUUCCAAUAGAACACAGUCCAGUAGCCGGAUCACCAGUCCUUGUUGUAGUCUCCAGUACGAGUGGCUCUGUAUCCGCAUAUACCCUUACCGAGCGACAGUUUCCUCACGGCCAAAACGGAAACGGUGCCAUCUGUCAGCAACCCUAAAUUCACAGAAUCAAAUUUAUGAAAUGUAGAUCUGAAUUUAUAAAAUAAAAAUAUUUUUGUAAUAAAUAAACAUUUCAGACACGGUC